UUGGGGGUGUCCAGAGAUGGCGGAGGAUGAGGACGGGGAGCGGUCGGGGUCGGAGCCGGGGUCGGGGCCGGGGAGGGGGAGCCUCAGCCCGGGGAGCCCCAGCCCGAGCCCGGGGAUACAGGGGCCCGGUCCACGCACCGUCCGCAUCGUCAAGGCCGACAGCGGCUUCGGCUUCAAUGUCCGCGGGCAAGUGAGCGAAGGCGGGCAGCUCCGCGGCAUCAACGGGCAACUGUACGCGCCCCUGCAGCACGUUAGCGCCGUGUUGGUGGAUGGAGCAGCCGAGACGGCCGGGGUCAGGCGGGGGGACCGGAUACUGGCCGUCAACGCAGUGAAUGUGGAGGGUGCGACACACAAGCAGGUGGUGGACCUGAUCCGGGGAGGUGAGCGGGAGCUGCUGCUCACCGUGCUGUCCGUGCCGCCACACGAGGCCGAGAGCCUGGACGCGGCCGACGACUCGUCUGGCCACUCCUUCUGCGACUACUCGGAGAAGCAGGCCCUGCCCAUCUCCAUCCCCAGCUUCAAGCACGUGGAGCAGGCCAGUGAGAGGUUUGUGGUUUACAACAUCUACAUGGCGGGCCGCCAGCUGUGCACCAAGCGUUACCGGGAGUUUGCCAUCCUUCACCAGAACCUGAAGCGGGAGUUCCCCGACUUUGCCUUCCCUCGACCGCCGGGCAAGUGGCCCUUCUCCCUGUCGGAGCAGCAACUGGACGUGCGGCGGCGGGGCCUGGAGGAGUACCUGGAGAAAGUGUGUUCCGUGCGUGCUAUCGGCGAGAGCGACAUCGUGCAGGAGUUCCUCUCCGAGUCCGAUGAGAACUUCAAUGGGGUCUCUGUUGUGGAGCUGCGGAUUGCCUUUCCUGACCAGACCACUGUGACGGUGAAGGUGAAGAAGAACGCUACCACCGACCAGGUGUACCAGGCUGUUGCCUCCCAGAUCGGCAUGGAUAGCAUCACAGCGAACUACUUUGCUUUAUUCGAAGUGGUCAGUCACUCAUUCGUGCGUAAGCUGGCGCCCAACGAGUUCCCGCACAAGCUCUACGUCCAGAACUACAUGUCGGCAGCCCCGGGCACCUGCCUCACCGUCAGGAAGUGGCUCUUCACCACUGAGGAGGAGGCCCUCCUCAACAACAGCCCCCUGGCCCUCACCUACUUCUUCCACCAGGCUGCCGGAGGCGUUAAACUGGGUUCCAUCAAGCCGAACGAGAAGACCAACCAGCUACAGAGGAUGGCCGAACAGCGUAAGAUGGUCACGGUAAAAUGGCCUUUCCCUGACCUCUGCUCAACAUCAUCAUUGGGGCAAACACAAAAUGCCGGAGUCACUCAGCGGGACAGGCAGCAUCUCUGGAGA